CGCCCAGAAGAUCUGAACUAAUGAUACUGCUGUAACAACAAUGUCGGACAGCGGUGAAUGUUCACGGGAAUUAGAAAUAACAGGAAAGCAUCUCGUGUUCCUGUGAUCAUGGCAGGUCGGUGUUGGCUGGACGCUUCACUUGAUCGUUCGUCUAAACUCGGACUUGAGGUGUUGCAGAGAGCCAAAAGACGGUCGGAAUCCUUGAAGAAUGUCGGAUCAUCUCACCGAGAUGAUUCCUGCACCGAGAAACACACGGAGGAUCUGGAACAUCCUGCUGCCCAUAUGACCUUGGAUAAUGCUUUUGCAAAAAUAAUGGAGUGCAUGUCUGAAACCAGCAAUCAAUGCAAGCGGUUUUACAGGUCUGCAAGUGCAGCAGAGCUUUGUGAACAAGAGCGAACCCAUGUGUGUCGCUUUCAUGCUAAGCAGCUUCUACAGACUUCAAGGCAAAUUCAAACCACUACCAUAACCUCCAAAAGGGCUCAUUACACUGCUUUGUCUGAGCUAGAGGAUUUCUUGAUUGAAUUGUCUCCAGGCACUUAUGCCAGGAAUGCAGGAUGCUGGCCCACAGACCCGAGUGGUGCACAUCAGUGCAGGGGAGAGCAUGAGCCUCACAUUCAACCUCUGACAUCAAGCUACUAUCCUCAGGUUUUGACAAAAUGUUUCCAUAUACAUCAUAAAAAAGUCUCCUUUCAUUGCACUAAAAUUAAAUUCUUCACAACUGAAUUUAAUUUUAUUAAACAUAAUUUGGUGCACUUAAUGUAAUGUGAAAUGUGCCUUAAUGUAAUGUGUACAUGUACUACUCAGGGUAUUUUUAUAAACUACUGAAUUUUAAUGGUUAUGAUAAAAUUAUGUGCAAUAGAACUUUUGCUUUAUUUUGUGAAGUUUUGAUGCUGAAAUAAAGGAUUUUUUUUAGA